UGAAUGGAGAAAAAAGGACAAAAAAGCGAGAGCGAGAGGCCAAAACCCAAAAGAGUUCAGACGCCGCGAACGGUGGUGCUUUCAGAAACCUUAAAAAUUUAAGCCGGCUUAGCAAGCUGAAGGUGGUUAGGGAAUGCAGAGAGAUGAGAGAAGUUUGGCUGCCCAAGCCUGAGCUUUCAGUACGUGUCAGGCGCUGCAUCGGCGGCCGGAAUUGCCACCGGAAACACGUAGAGGACGGGUGAUCCAUUCGCCCCUCUUGUUUUCCGAAACGGUUACGUUUUUUUUCUUAAAGAGGCCUUUUGUCAAACACCUUUCGUGCAUUUUUUAAAGUUUGUUUUAGUUAACAAUGGCCGAGCAGAAAGAAAGCGGCGGCUCGUCGUUGCUGCACGGCAAGUACGAGCUGGGCCGUCUUCUGGGUCACGGCACUUUCGCCAAGGUCUACCACGCCCGACACCUGCCUAGCGGGAAGAACGUGGCGAUGAAGGUGGUGGGGAAGGAGAAGGUGAUCAAGGUGGGGAUGAUGGAGCAGGUCAAGAGGGAGAUCUCCGUGAUGAGGAUGGUGAAACACCCCAACAUCGUCGAGCUCCACGAGGUCUUGGCGAGCAAGUCCAAGAUCUAUUUCGCUAUGGAUCUGGUCCGCGGUGGCGAGCUCUUCGCCAAAAUCGCCAAGGGUCGGCUCAAGGAAGACGUCGCCAGGGUGUACUUCCAGCAGCUCAUCUCCGCCAUCGAUUUCUGCCACAGCCGCGGCGUCUACCACCGGGAUCUGAAGCCGGAGAACCUCCUCCUCGAUGAGGACGGCAAUUUGAAGGUCACCGAUUUCGGACUCAGUGCUUUCACAGAGCACUUGAAGCAGGACGGGCUUCUCCACACCACAUGCGGCACGCCGGCGUACGUGGCCCCAGAGGUCAUCGGGAAAAAAGGGUACGAUGGUGCCAAGGCGGAUCUCUGGUCUUGUGGCGUCAUCCUUUACGUGCUUCUCGCCGGGUUUUUGCCGUUUCAAGACGACAAUCUCGUGGCCAUGUACCGGAAGAUUUACAGAGGAGAUUUCAAAUGCCCGCCGUGGUUAUCGUCGGAGGCACGAAGACUCGUGACAAAGCUUCUCGACCCGAAUCCAAGUACCCGAAUCACCAUUUCCAAGGUCAUGGACUCCUCCUGGUUCAAAAAAUCGGUUCCUAAGAUCGUACGGACGAAACAGGAGCAGGAGUUCGACGAGCCGAGCGAGAAGAUCCUGUCGAAGCAGACGGAGACGCUGAACGCGUUUCACAUAAUCUCGCUGUCGGAGGGGUUCGAUUUGUCGCCGCUGUUCGAGGAGAAGAAGCGGGAGGAGAGGGAAGAGCUGCGGUUCGCAACGACGCGGCCGGCAAGCAGCGUGAUUUCGAAGCUGGAGGAGGUGGCGGUGGCGGGGAAGUUCAGGAUAAAGAAGAGCGAUUCGAUGGUGAGGUUGCAGGGGCAGGAGAGCGGGCGGAAGGGGAAGCUGGCGAUAGCGGCGGAGAUAUUCGCCAUGACGCCGUCGUUACUAGUGGUGGAGGUGAAGAAGGACAAUGGUGAUACGUUGGAGUACAACCAGUUCUGCAGCAAGGAGCUGCGGCCAGCGCUCAAGGACAUCGUGUGGACAUCCCCCGUCGAGAAUUCUACGGCGGCUUGAUCGAUUAAGAUUAAGAUCGUGAUUAGUGUUGGUUUAAUCGUGAUUAGUGUUGUUAAUUGUUAGUGUUGUUUCGAUUAAUUAAGGUGGAAUAGGAAACUGGGCCCGAGCUUGUAGCCACUGCUUAAAAGCCGUCGCAUGAUGUCCCUUGCUGUCGUUUUUAUCUGUUUUUUCUGAUUCUCUUUGUCUUUUGUGCGGUGAUAAGUGUAACUGUGAAUUUGUGUGAAGACGUCACAUAAGCUUGUCCUUUUAUUUAUUAAUUUAAUUUUUUAGAAAUGUGAAUAUAUAUGAAGUAAUUUUACAA